GCCCCGGAAGCGGCGGCCACGUGAGCGGCAGGAGGGCGGAGGCUGUUGGGCCGCGCGGCGCCGUGUGCGGCCUUUGAAGCGGCGGAGCGGGGCAGCGCGGGGGCCGGUUCCCGGAGCUGCGGCAGAUGAGGCUGCACUGAAAUACAACACUAUACGAAUAUAAGUCUGUAGAAGGUACUAUUCAAUCCUUCGUGCCUUUGCUUUAUAUUUUCUUCAACACAGCUGGUGAAAAUGGCUGAAAAUGGAGAUGGUGAAAACAUGUCUAUUUUGGAAAGCAAAAUCUGUCAGCAAAUUGAGUACUAUUUUGGCAAUCACAAUCUACCAAGAGACAAGUUCCUAAAGGAACAGAUCAAACUAGAUGAUGGCUGGGUGCCUUUAGAAGUAAUGAUCAAAUUCAACAGGUUAAGUCGCCUUUCAAAAGAUUUUAGUGUUAUUGUAGAAGCACUAAGAAAGUCCAAGACUGGUUUAAUGGAAAUAAAUGAAGACAAAACUAAAAUCAGAAGAUCUCCAAACAAACCCCUCCCUGAAUUAAAUGACCAGUACAAGGCUGCAAUUAAAAACAGAUCUGUGUAUGUUAAAGGCUUUCCACUAGAUGCAACUCUUGAUGAUAUCAAAGAAUGGCUUGAGGAUAAAGGUCCAGUUGAAAACAUUCAGAUGAGGAGAACAUUGCAGAGAACGUUUAAGGGCUCAAUAUUUGCCGUUUUUGAUAGUGUUGAAUCUGCUAAGAAGUUCACAGAGAUCCCAAACCAAAAGUACAAAGACACAGAGCUGAUAGUACUUUUCAAGGAGGAGUACUGUACAAAGAAGAAUGAAGAAAGGAGACAAAACAAAGUAGAAGCUAAAGCAAGAGCUAAACAGGAAAAAGAAGAAAAACAGAAACAAGCAGCAGACGCUGAAAUGAAGUCUCUGGAAGAAAAGACGGGAUGUCUUUUGAAGUUUUCUGGUGAUCUAGAUGAUCAAACAUGCAGAGAAGAUCUCCAUGAUGUAUUCUCUGAUCAUGGAGAAAUCAAAUGGAUACAUUUUGUCAGAGGUGCGAAGGAGGGAAUUAUCCUAUUUAAGGAUGUUGCAAAAGAAGCUCUGGAAAAAGCCAAAGAAGCACAUAAUGGAAACUUACAGCUUCGGAACAAGGAUGUUACAUGGGAAGUGCUAGAAGGAGAUGUAGAGAAAGAAGCUCUGAAAAAAAUAUUGGAAGAUCAGCAAGAAUUGCUGAAACAGAAAACAAAAGGACGCAAAAUUAAAGGAAAAGGAAGAGGGGGAAAGAUACCUCAAGGUGCACACAAGGGGAAAUUACAGUUUCAGGGCAAGAAAAUAAAGUUUGAGAAUGAAGAAGAAGGUGGUGAAGAUGAUACUAAAACAGAACCAGCAAGUCCCAAGAAGAGACCACUAGAAGAAAUGGAAAAAGAAGAACCUGCACCAAAACAACUGAAAACAGAAAACGGAGAUGGAGAUCAGUAAUACUAAAAUAAAUCUAAAAAACAAAAUUGUUUUUAUUGUUCCAUUUUCAAUAGGUUUCAAAGACAUGCCUCAGUUCAGGAGUUUCUUAGCAGAAAAUCUAAUGAAAUCCACUUCAAUGUCAACCUACAAGGAGAGGAAAGAUUAAUUUUGUUGGGUUACAGCUUUUUUGUUUUUUAAGCAGCAUGCUUACUCCUAACAUACCACCCUGGAAAACUCUUUUGUAUUUAUAGUUUUGUUUAUACUGUCAGAUCCUCUCAACUUCUCUGGCACUUCAUUCAAAUGUAAAAGGUUCUGGACUCUGUAAUCUUGCUGUUAUGGUGAAUAGCAGCUGCCAAUAAAUUCAGAACUUAAAACUGCA